ACAUGUUUUAUUCAGAAAUACUUCAGAAUAAAAGUGUUUUAGCAAAAAUUAAAGUUUUGUGAAAUCUGAUUUUAUAAUUUAAUAUAAAAUCAAUUUUACUACUCCUAUUAAGUAUUACUAUUCCUCAACAUUAACACAAAUUAGUAAAUAUACUUAAAGGUCGUCAUAAUUACUACAGCUAACAAAACUGUGACAACAUGAAAUUGAGGAUUUGUAACAAGUACGAGCUUUCGGAGAAAAUCGGUUCAGGUUCGUUUGGAGUAGUUUACAUGGGCAAAUCAAAAAGAGGUAAGGAAAUUGCGGCAAAGUUAGAAAAGCGACCCAACAAAUUUCUAUCGAAACUAACACUCGAGACAGCUGUGUAUAAGGCUCUACAAGGCGGUGUUGGUAUACCUCGUUUUAUUUGGAGUGGCGUUAAGCGCCAAUACAACUGUUUGGCGAUAGAAUUGCUUGGCCCAUCACUAGAAGACCUAUUUAAUUAUUGCAAUCGUCAAUUCAGCAUGAAGACGAUUUGUCUUCUAGCUGAGCAAAUGGUAACACGUUUGGAGUAUAUGCACGAGCAUCAUUACAUACAUCGUGAUAUAAAGCCUGAUAACUUCGUGAUGGGUGUAGGAAGAAGAGGAAACAUAGUGCAUAUCAUAGACUUCGGUCUAGCAAAAAAGUACCGCAAUCCAACUACAUUCCAGCACAUAUCUUGUACUAUGAAUAAUCAUUUAGUUGGCACACCACGAUAUGUGUCAAUAAACACGCAUGCAGGCACACAACAAUCACGACGUGACGAUCUAGAAUCACUGGGGUAUGUAUUAAUUUACUUUAAAAAAGGUUCAUUGCCAUGGCAAGGAUUAGCAGCAGCCCAUAAACGGCAGUGGCACGAACGUUUAGCAGAAAAAAAGUUGUCGGUUACGUUGUCAAAACUGUGUAGUGGAUGUCCCCCAGCAUUUCGAUUGUAUUUAAACUAUUGUCGAUGCUUGCGUUUUGAAGAAAGUCCUGAUCAUUGUUACCUGCGUUCUUUAUUUCGCAACCUAUAUAGGAACUUUGGUUAUACUUAUGACAAUAUAUUCGAUUGGAAUAUAAUUCGGUUCGAUGAACACUCUAAUCGUAAAGCACUAAACGAUAGUGAAUCUGAACUGGUUAACAUUGAUAACGCAGAGAAAUCGAUGCUAUCUUCUAGGCAACAAGGACAAUCUCAUGGAAAUGCUGUUUGUGCUCCUGGUACUGAUUCUAUUCCUAAUUAUGUUACUCCUAUCAUUACCACUACUUCUGCUGAUUCUGUAGGUGAUAACGCACUUACCGCUGCUUCUUGUAACUUCACGAAUGAUCGUGUCGUUCCUGCAGCUAUGGGCUUUACUGAUGUCAUGUUUGCUACUCCAAUUGAUGCCUCUCCGAUGAUUGCUGCAACGACUUCCUUUCCAUCAAUAACUGUUUAUGCUGCUACUGUUCGUAACUUUUACGAAGGUAUUACAAUGGGUCCUGCUGAGGAAAGUGUUGCUGGUGCCGUUACUGAGCUGGUAGAGCUCUCAAAUACUCCAAGUAAUACAUUAACAGUUUUGCGUUCUCAGCAAACUAUAGGGAACGAAAAUGCUUGCGAAGAUGAUGCUAUGCCAACAUUAUUGAACGAUGUAGCUUCGAACUUUUCCGACCGGACUGGCGUACCUGAUGAUCACUUAAUGUUGCAGACUGGCCAGAGCAUGAUUAGUAGUGACAGCUUCACUCACUAAUGAGGACCAAACACUAACUAAUAUUAAAUUCAAAGCUAAGAAAAUUUGUUGCGAUAAGUAGCAUAAAAUGUAUAAAAGUAUAUGUAUGUAUGCAGUAUACAAGAAAUCUGUACAUUGCAAAAUCUUAACUUCAAGAUAAAUGAUUGUGACUACUUUGGUUGCCAAAAAUUAAUAUUUAGCAAAUAUUCUUUGCAUAGAUUCAAUGUUUUU